AGCAUAUAAAAUUUUCUAAGCUUAAUCAUAAAGUUUUUUCCCUGACCUACUGGAAAUGUUGUUGCGACGAUUGUUAGGCGUGGGCCUUCCGCGGUCCAUGGGAACUGUUCCAUUUCCAGAGCAAAAUGUGAUCACUUCCGAUAAAGCUGACGAGAUAUUGACCCAUCCGGAUUACUUCGGCGUACAUAAACUUUUCACCGUAGAAGAUCUGUUUAAGGCACGGGUUCAUUUUGGCCACAAGGAAGGAACCCUCAACGACAACAUGAGAGGAUAUUUGUAUGGCAGCCGGUUAGGGCAUUGUAUUAUCGAUUUGGAUAAAACGGUAGACCAUAUGCGUGCUGCGCUUAAUAUCACUGCCCACAUAGCGUACCGCGAUGGAAUUAUUUUGUUCUUCAACCGAAACGCACUCAACUCCCACAUCGUCGAACAAACAGCUAAGGAAUGUGGCGAAUUCGCUCACACGCGUUAUUGGCGAGGAGGUGUGUUUACGAAUGCUAAAGUUCAGUUCGGCGCUGUAAGUCGUUUACCUGAUUUGUGCAUAUUUUUGAACACUAUGAAUAACGUGCUAGACAUGCACACCGCAGUUCGCGAUGCAGCCAAAAUGAAUAUCCCUACAGUGGGUAUCGUGGAUUCAAAUUGUAACCCGAAUCUUAUAACGUAUCCCAUACCAGGAAAUGACGACACACCAGUUGCUAUUGAAUUGUAUUGUAAAUUGUUCAAAAAGGCAAUUCUACUGGGAAAGGAGAAACGAAAAGAACAUGCUGUAUUGAAGUAA